AUGAACAAGUUUACCGGCGCCGAGAGCGCGCGACUGCUGUGUGUGCUAACGGAGGCAGUCGAAAAGCUCACGUUGCUGUCCCACCUACCGUAUAUGAGAGGCGGGAACGACGGCGAAGCUGCUGUCGCGCAAUCCCAGUCAACGCUUGUCGACGCCCUUCCAUCUCGCCCACGCGACGGCCACUAUGAGCAAAGUCAACCUCCAGCGGCCGACGUCCUCGCACAGCUCUUUGCUCAAGAAGAAAUCCUCCUCCGAGCAACGCACGGCGGGAAAAUCGACCUCAUGCAUGACGGUGGCGAAGGGGCCAUGGCCUUUGACGAAGUCGUCGCCUUAACGCGGUCAUUCUGUCGCAUUGUGCGGCAUGAUGCUACGGCCCAUGCAGUUCUCACGACGAUUGAUGGCCAUCGUGAAAGUGCGGGGGCUUCACGUCACAACGGCAGUGGGGGCUUUGCAUCUCACAGUAAUCAAGAAAGUUCGUAUCCACCCUGGAGCCAUCAACUCAAACAUGGCACGUCCGGGUUGGUGGCACUUAGCGGUUACGUGACUGCCGUGCGAGACCGCGUGGCCGGGACACUCUCCACGAGCGUCGAGCAGGACGAAGCAACACGGCAAAUGAUGGGCGACAUGGAAAUCCGCAUCCGGGAAGCCGAAAACGACUACAAGCAAACGACAAUCGAUGUCCGCAACCAGCGCGAGCUCCGCGACAUCGACGUCCGGCGAUAUGCACUCAAGAUUCAUGGAUUGACUCACGAGCUGCACGACAUUGAGCAAGGUGCGGACCAAGCCGCGACGUUAAUCGAACAGGAUGCAAAGCAUGCCGAGUUUUCUUUAUUGAACACUUACGAAGGCCAAGCGACGCAAUGCCGGGAUGAAGCGGACUCGUUGAAUGUUCGCGGCACAAAGAGUAAAGAAGACCACUCUGUGCAGGAGGAAGGUCAUCGCAAGCGCAAGUUGAAGGCAGCUGUCGAAGUCGGCAACCAGAUCGAGCAAUACGACCACGACCUAACAGCGCUGCAAGCUCAAAUCGACGCCACAAGAGCGUCCAUGGCGACCGAGGUGACCGAAGUCGCGCGGCUCUCGGCAAUAUUCCUUCGGCUCGACGAAAACUACCGUUUCGCGGCGGCCGACCAUGCCCGAUGGGAUGCAGAGGAUAAGGCGCGCCUGGCAAAAGAGGCCGCGUUUCUCAAGCUUGUCGCGCGGAUCCAGGCUACAUAUCGAGGAUACAUCACUCGAAAGCUCCUGAACGCUCGAAAAGAACGCAAGAAGGGAAAGAAAAAGGGAAAGAAGGGGGCGAAGAAGUCGACCAAGAAGAGAUCAUGA